AUGACCAGGGCCACAGGUUGCUGGACUUGUCGCGUUCGGCACGUCAAGUGCGACUCCGAAACUCCAAGCUGCCGAGAAUGCAGUAGUCGCCAAACGAACUGCCACGGCUAUGGGCCUCGCCCCGUUUGGAUGGAUGGCGGCACGCUUGAAGCCGCAGAGCGAUCCCGCAUCAAAGCGUCUAUCAAAGAAAACUUUAGGCGCGUCAGAAAACGUCAGAACCAAUCUCGUCAACGGUCACGGGUCCCGCAACCCGCCGCCCAAGCAGAGCCGCAGUUCAGAGGGACGGACGCUCGUCGAGCCCGAUUCGCGUCCGAGGAUCGAUUGUUAUCUCCCAGUAUUCCUUUGCUACAAUCAAUCACCUACUCUCUGGACUCGAUUACCGCAUAUGACAAUUUACAGCAGCUCGCAUGCGAUACUAGUCCAGCCUCGGAACCGAUCCUAUUCUAUCCUGCUGCCGACAAUGUUGCGCUGUUCCGUCAGCCCACUGCCUCGGAGGACAACAGCGUAGGCAAUAACGCGUACGAAGCCAGUUUAUUGAUGCACUAUUUUGACCAAGUCUUCCCGUGGCAAUUCCCAUAUCAUAAUCCACAAUCACGAACAGGUAACAGGGGAUGGCUGCUCCAGCUGCUGACCAAGCGAGGCCCCCUAUACUAUGCCACCAUCAGCUUGUCCUCGUUACACCAGAAUGCCAUGCGAGGCAUAAACCAAGAGUCUUUACAGAGCCAAAAGGCUUAUGACCGUCACUCUACCGCGCUGCAAGAGCUCUGCGAGUUCCUGCGUUCUGAAAAGAGCGCCGAGCUGCAUCAAGAUGAGUUGCUUCUCGCAGAGUUUCUUGCCUGCAGUACAAUGCUAAUGAGCUUCGAGGUCCUUGGAGGAGGCCAGUCAGACUGGGAACCACAUCUCAAUGCUGUAUAUUCGAUCAUCAUCCCCAAGCCUCCCACUACCUUCCUCGACUCGGAGUGCUGGAAAACCGAUAAUCACAUGUGUUACCCGUCAGAAGAUCUUCCGCACCUUAAAACCUGCGGUACUAGUGCCGGUCUCGAAUUCUUAUACGCCAACGCGAUCUGGUUCGACAUCAUCUCAUGCGUGUCGACCGGAAAGGCCCCUGUACUUCCCUAUAAGUCAUGGCUUGCUAUCAAGAAGCUGAAGAUGGAAGACGUUAUGGGCUGUAAUAAUAGGAUCCUGUCUUUGAUUGGGGAUAUAGCACAGCUGAGAUUGUGGAAGGAGGAUAUGGAUAAACAAGGUCUCUUGAGCGCCCGUGAGCUGGUAGGAAGGGGCCAAGGUAUUGAGUCCCAGCUUGAAGAGGAAAUCAUGAAAUUAUCCUCAGAAAAGGACGAGGUUUGUCCUCUACCCAACGUAUUUCCCACCGUUAUGAAAUCGCAAGCGAAUUGGAUUUCGCAUAUAUUCGCUUUAGGAGCACUCGUUCAGGUUCAUACCAUCGUCUCUGGGCCUUUGCCAUAUCUACCAGAAAUACAGAGAACCGUGCAAAAGUGCAUAGAUCUCCUCUCCGCGAGACCUUGCAGGUGCAGUCUGCAAGGGAUGGUGUGGCCACUGUGCGUUCUGGGCUGCAUGGCUGAGCCUCAGUCACAGUCCUUCUUUGAGGAGCUGGUUUCAAACAUGGACAAGGAAUACAAAGGGCUGGGGAACUCUUCUACGGUCUUGCAGAUUAUGCGGGGAUGUUGGGGGUUGCAGAUGGGUGGGCGCAAAGAUUGCACGGCCGCAAUGUCGGAGUUGAAUAUUCAUGCCUUAUUAGUGUAG